GUCACGUGACUGAGCAGUCAGCUGACUCUGAGCCUUAAAAGCACGAGCACGAGCGAAGCGCAGCAUUACAGCUUUCCGUUUGAUCACCGGUACAGCGACAAACUGCGAAGUCAUGCUGCUCUUAGCGCUGCUCUUCGCGUCGACAGCCUUGGCUAACCCUCUGCCGGGCACUGAGGAUUGUGCUCGUGGCUCCCUCUACUGGUGCCAGAAUGUGAAGACUGCGUCUCUUUGUGGCGCUCUGAUUCACUGUCAGCAGAAUGUAUGGAACAAGCCCCAGAUGAAAUCAGUGCCAUGUGACUUGUGUAAAGAGAUAGCGAUUGUGGUGGAACAAAUAUUGAAGGACAAUAGCACGCAGGGUGAAAUUCUUGGCUACUUGGAGAAGGCAUGCCAGCUCAUCCCCGAUGAAAGAUUGAGCGCAGAAUGCAAAGAAAUGGUGGACAACUAUUACCCCAUCCUCAUUAGAAUCAUUACUGGAGAGCUGGAGGAUCCCACUGUGGUGUGUGGAGCUAUGGGGCUGUGUCGCAGUCAGCAGGCAGCCCUGGCUGAGGCUGAAGAAGGUCUGCAGCAGCUUCUUUCCAAUGAAAUCCCUCAAGUUGAUCUUACCCAGCAAGUGUCCCCGUUCAUCCUUAACGUUCCGCAGCUCCUCUUUCCUCAGGAGAUGCAAGAGACUCCAAAGACGGAAAAUGGUGACGUGUGCAAGGAUUGCGCCACUUUCUUAGCUAGCGUUAAAGAAGCAGCUAAGGACAACUCAACAUUUAUCAGCGCUUACACUGAGAAGCUGAAGAAGCAGUGUGAUGUCUUGGGACCAGGCACGGCUGAACUGUGCAAGGACUAUGUCACCAAGUACAUGCCUACGAUUGUUCAGAUUUUGGCACCCAUGGAACAGGAUCCCAAAGACAUCUGUGCAAUGGCUGGGUUCUGUGACUCUGUGAAGAAAUCUUCUCCCAUGUUGAAGCUGCAGCCCGCUAAGACUGUUGCUGCUGCCAAACUGCUGCCUGCUGUGGAGCUGUUUCCUGCCAGCAAAGUGACGCCCAAGACAGCUAAGCCUAUGGUUCGAGUCCGCAACUCCCCGGAGUGUGACAUCUGUGAAUUUGUGAUGAAACAGUUGGAGAGAAUGUUGGAGGAUAAUGCCACAGAGACAGCAGUGGUUCAUGCUGUGGAGACAGUGUGUUCCAUGCUGCCGUCGUCUCUGACUGCCCAGUGUAAGGACUUGAUUGAGACCUAUGGGAAGGCCAUCAUUGAAUUGCUUGUGCAGGAGGCUGACCCCAAGAUGAUCUGCAUUGUGUUGGGACUCUGCAGAGAUGCGAGCCAUACAUAUAUCCCUGUACUUGACCAGGUGCGCUUUAAAACUGGAGCCCUCUGUGACGUGUGCAAGAUGGCUGUCCAAUAUGUUGACAGGAUUUUAGAGGAAAAUGCUACGAAAGCAGAAAUUGAGGCCACUGUGAAAAAAGUGUGCAACUUCCUGCCUGAAUCAGCCCAGACUGAGUGUAACCAACUGGUCCAUGAAUAUGAGCCACAGCUGGUGGAUGCCCUGCUCAUGAUGCUUGACCCAGACUUUGUCUGCAUGACUGUAGGCGCCUGCACUGCAGCUUCACAAAAGCUGCUGGGAACUGAGAAGUGCAGCUGGGGACCUUCAUACUGGUGCAAGAACAUGGCGACUGCAACUCAGUGCAGUGCUGUGGAACACUGCAAACGCCAUGUAUGGGUGUAGAGGAAGAGGAUCAGCACCAGCUCACCUGUGGGGAAUUGAAGAUAAAAUGUAGUGUUGCUUCCUAUUUUGAAUUAUUUUUCAUUAAUACUGCUAAAUAUCUGGAAAUUAACUUUAUUUUGGUGGUAGAAAGGGAC